ACUGCUGUUUCAAUUAUCACCUCUCUGCUCCUCCUCAGGAAGCCAGGAGCACGCACUCGCAUUACACCACAGGACCUGGGGAGGGUGAAGUCAUGUGUAAGUGUUGCUGCUUGUGGAGUGCUCGUGGAGCCCAGGAGAGCUGCUCUGCUGGAGGCACCACCCAAAGCGGGGAAAAACAACAACAACAACAGAAAUGGCUCUCACUUCCAUCUUCCAAACUCCUUCCAUCCUCUUCUCUCAUUGACAGAAACUACCGGGAAGCCAGUUGGGAAGAGAGUUUAUUUUGUAGGUUUCUAGCUCUUCAUGAUCAGAGGGGAAUAAUAAGGAAAGGCAUUUAUGGAGCUGAAGGCCAAUGGACAAGUUACUGGCCCAACUGUCUGAUAUGUUACUCUGGGCAAAGGAAAAUAUACAUAAAGACUUGGAGUUGGACAGUGGGUGCAUUUCAAGACAAAGACAUCAUCUCUUCCUGGUGUUUGAAGACCUUAGGUUAUUCUCCUUGAACUAAAGUGUAGGAUUUCCUCGACCUCUAGCUGAUCCCCCAGAUGGCUUGGAUGUCAUGCAGCUUGAGCGUCUGGCAUAUUGGGCAACUCUUUCUAGGCAACUUAAGGAUAAUCAAGACAUAUACAAAAGGUUUUUAUUUCACUACUCCAGAACUCAGAAGCCGACACAGCCAGUUAAAAGUGGGAUUCCUCCCGUGCACCCGUUAAUGCGCCUGGCCGCGCAGCUCGAAGACCGGAGGGUGAAAAGAUUUCCGCAACAGCGCGAUUCGGGGACUGCCACAGUGGAUUUCACCAAGAAGGUAUGGAAGCCCUGUGGAGAAGUGCUUGGAGAUGGGCAAUCUUGUCACCCCUUUAGAUCAUUUCUGGAAAGAACUGGUCUCACAGUAUGCCCCUGAAAAUCUUCUCUGAGGCUGAGCAUUUAAUUUCAGGUUUUCCUGAGCUUGUCCUGAGGCAGAGAGGACUCCCGGAGCAAUGCUUCUUGCUGUUUAUAUUUCAUCUCCAGCCUUGCAGAUGAGUCACCUGGACCCAUCUGUUCCUGAGGAUUUGCUUGAUGUGGCUCAGGGGCCCACAUGGCAGUUGUACAAACUUGGGGAGAGGUACUGCGAGUGCAUAAGCCUCGUAUACCAGCGCUUCUCCAAGUUGACCAUGAGUCAUCCAUACGUUGGGAUCUUGUUAAAAUUCUGACGGCUAGGGCCCAACUCCAGGUAGUCAGUAGGGACCUGAGAAUUUGCAUUUCUAACUAAGUCUCAGGUGUCAUUGACGCUUUUGGUCUGGGGACCACACUUUGAAAACUGCGGUCAUAGACAUCGUCAGACCUUUGGCACAAACUGGUUGCAUAAUGGUUUGUGUUUUUAUGUUGCAGGAUCACACUGCCACCCGGGGACGACCAUUUUUCCUUUUCAGGGUAUAGCAUUUCUCUUUCUCUGUUUUUAACCCCAGUUCCCUCCUGCCACACAAUUAUGGAUUCCUCCAGAAUGAGCACAGCCCAGCACCCCAUGGCAAACUGGUGAAUAAUUAUGGGGACUCUCUCAUCCUUUCCUUAGGGGUGAAUUUCAAAGUCUCCUCCUAGAAACCUGAUGUUUAUGAAAGAAAGGGUGCAGAAGGACAUAGGCUGAGAGAACCAGAGCUCUGGGAGCGUGGGUGGGAGGCAGGAAUGCUGCUGUUGGACAGACACGGGGGCCAGCCAGAAUUGGCAUCUGUGUCCCUGAGCAUGAAGGUCCAGGAUACGUGCCCCCAAAUAGUGUAGGCGCCAUGCCCUCCUCCUUCCCUGGGGUCUCCGAGCCUCCUGCUAAGGUCACAGAAUCAGAAACUGUC